GACAUUACCCGGCAAAAAUCUGCAGCUAGCAGAUAUGGACGUGGCAGCAGCUUCCAGGCUUGAACAUGGCGUCCUCCAUGGAGGGGCGGCGCCGCCGCAAAGCAGCGCUCCUUGAAUGAAGCUCCCUGGCCAGUUAGCAGUGAGGACAGUGCACCGGUAUCCUCAAUAUUUGGAAUAAGCCGCUUAGACAACGCUUUGCGUGGCUGGCCCCGAAAUGGAUCGCCUGCUUGCUGCAGCUAGAGCUUAGAGGUGACAACCGACAGGAGAAGAACGUACAGGGGUGAAGUUUUUGGUCUGUGGCGGAGCGUUGGGACAGGAAAGCUCCCACACCUGUAUCGGACGCAUCUACUUCGACGAUGAACUAGCAGAUCGGGUCAGGAUGGAUGAGAACAGGGGCUGGGGUGAAUCGCUUCUUCAGCUCAAACACUCACCUAAUGGCUCAAGUAACAAAGACAUUGCUCACUUUGGACCCUGAAGCUGUGCUCACACUAAAACAUGGACUCAACUUCAAGAAAAAUCCAAAAGAUGGGAAAUGUUACAUCAUUUACAAGGAUGCAGAUGGUGUGAAGGCAUGUAGAAACCAGUGUAAACACCAAGGAGGACUGUUUAUCAAAGACAUAGAGGACCUGGAUGGAAAAACAGUGCGCUGUACUAAACAUUACUGGAAACUGAAUGUGUCAACCAUGGAAUAUGUGAAUCCACCAGACAGCUUUCAGCAGGAUGAGCUUGGGGUUAACUGGAAUGAUGGAAGUCUUGAGUUAGUGGAGCUGAAUCCUGCUGAGCCUUGGCUCAUUGACCCUAAAGUCCCCGAGCAACUUGAAGCUGGAGAAGUGACAAUUACCUAUCUGACACACGCGUGUAUGGAGCUGAAGCUGGGGAAUAAAGUGAUGCUGUUUGACCCCUGGCUGACCGGCCCGGCCUUCGCUCGGGGGUGGUGGCUCCUGCAUGAGCCCCCAGCCGACGCCCUGGACCGACUCUGCAAUGCCGACCUGAUCUACAUCAGCCAUAUGCACUCAGACCACCUCAGCUACCCUACUCUAAAAACUCUGGCCGAAAGGCGUCCUGACUUGCCGAUAUAUGUGGGAGACACGUCAAGGCCGGUGUUCUGGUACUUGGACAAAAGUGGGGUGAAACUGACCAACAUUAACGUGAUAAACUUCGGCAUCUGGCAAAAUGUGGAUGAGCACCUGCGGUUCAUGAUUCUGAUGGAUGGAGUACACCCUGAAAUGGACACCUGCAUAAUUGUGGAAUAUAAAGGCCACGUGAUCCUGAACACAGUGGACUGCACACAGCCCAACGGAGGACAUCUGCCCAGGAACGUGGACUUAAUGAUGAGUGACUUUGCAGGAGGAGCCUCUGGGUUUCCCAUGACUUUUACUGGAGGCAAAUACACAGAAAAAUGGAAGGAGGAUUUCAUAAAGAACGAAAGGAAGAAGCUACUGAAUUACAAAGCGCAGUUAGUGAAGUCUUUGCAGCCCAAGAUCUACUGCCCUUUCGCUGGAUACUUCGUGGAAGCGCAUCCCUCAGAUAGUUACAUCAAGGCCACAAAUGUGAAAAACUGUGCGGAAGACCUGAAUGCACUCAUCUCAAAGCAAGCAGACAGUAUCACCACCUGGACGCCCAAACCUGGAGCAGUUUUGGACCUGGGCCUGACCUUGAGAGACCCCUCUGACAGGGCAGCAAUUACCAACCCACCGCCUGGUACACAGAUCAUGAAGAACAGCUGGAAGUUUGAUCAGUACGUGAACGAGCUCAAUGCUGCUAUUGAUGAAGAGAUAUUCCAGCACAAAGGCUGGGUUCAGUUCUACUACAACUGGGCAGGGUUCAAGGACUACAAUCUUGUUGUGCAGGUUAUUGAAACCGAUGAUGAUUUCAAUCCUAUCCCUAAUGGCUACAACUACUUUGUGGACUUUCUGGACCUGUCCUUCCCCCGACAGAGACCGAAAGAUCGUCCCUAUGAGGAGAUAAAGAAUAGAGUCGGUGUCAUCCGGUACAUGGUGAGGCAUGGCUUGCUGUGGGAUAACCUCUACAUUGGCUUCCAGAACAGGCUCAGCAGAGAUCCAGAUGUUUACCACCACCGGUUCUGGAACCACUUCCAAACAAACCUGCCUUUAACGGGUCCAGACUGGGACCUUUUUCUCCAGGAGGUGCAAGACGAGGAGACUGACAUGCAGACUACAGGAAGCAAUGGCUGCAACUUAUCUUAGAUGACUUUACACAUCACUCAGAUGCAUGUAGACAGAACCUGAGAUAGGAACACACUAGGAAUGGGUGUCAUACUGAGAAUCGUACAAUGAAGAUAUUUUAAUUUAAAUCCUUUUUAGUAAUAUUUAUGCUAAUUGCACUAGUUAUUUCCCCCGUAAAUCAUUAUGCUGCAAUCAAUAUUAAUCUAAGUGAAUAACCAUAACCAAUCAUCAAACAAAGCAUUAGACCAUUUUUUCUACAUUGACUUUCCAAACUGUAGCCUACAUCUACUUGUCAGUGAACUACUGUUUUCAUUCUCUUUUGCAAAAUUAUUUUUUAUUUGUCCUUAAACUCUAUGUCCUUGACUACUGUUGUUAGUGCACCUCUCUCAGAUAAGUUGUGCCCUGAUAACUUGAGGAUUCAGAUCAUUUGCACUCGUGGAGCUGUCUCACGGUUGACUGUAAUGCAUCAAUAUUUGCUGUGAUGUGAUUCCCUGACAUACGCAGCAUAUGAAUAACUGCCACAGCCUCGUCUCCCC